CGGUUCAUUUCCGGGCCUGGCUCGGUUUUCCGGUUUGGGAUGUGUGGAAACUUGAACCGUCUGUAAAAUCAUUAAUUCUUCAGUUCAGAAAACACUAGGGAGACGAAAAUGGCAGCUACAGGAAAAUGCUUCCUCGUCACUGGCUCUCCUGGUGUUGGAAAGACAACUUUGAUAGUUAGAGUACUCGAAACCCUCAGAAAUUCCAAUCCUAAUUUGAAAUUUCAGGGUUUCUAUACUCGGGAGAUUAGAGAAGGAACGGAGAGGGUUGGGUUUGAGGUCGUGACGCUCGAUGGCCGUAAAGGGCUUCUUGCUUCUAACAAAAUCUCCAGCCCAGAGUCUCUCAGAUGGCCCACUGUGGGAAGAUACAGGGUAGAUGUUGCGUCAUUUGAGUUGCUGGCAUUGCCAGAGUUGCAGGUAAGGGAAGAUACUGAUCUCUUCAUCAUCGACGAAGUUGGGAAGAUGGAGCUCUACAGUUCCUCAUUCUUUCCAGCUGUACUAAAGGUCCUGCAAUCCAAUAUCCCACUCUUGGCUUCUAUCCCCAUUCCAAAAGCAGGCCGAGAUAUUCCUGGAGUUGCGAGGAUGAGAAAUCAUCCAGGAGCUAGAGUUUUUACACUCAGUGCAAAUAACAGGGAUGCUAUGAGAGAACAGAUAUGUUCCGCCUUAGCAGAUAUGUUGCAAAAGCCUUAGAUGAUGCAGGGCAUAAUGUUCCAGCUAAUGUUGCAAAUGCUUCUUGCUGUUAAACAAACUCGAAUCUGAUAGUUAAUACUUCCAGAAAUUUACCUUCCCUAUAGGUUGCUUAAUCACAGUUUUGUCCUUUGGAGAUGCACUAUUCAAGAAGACAAGAAUGGGAGAAGUGGAAUGUUUCCCCUUCUCCCUCGGAACUCGGAAGGUCCAACUCUUUGAACGCCUCUUUGAACACCAUAGUUUAGAAUGCUCAGAACUGCUGCUGCAAGAUAGAGAGGACUUGAAGACGAGAGGACAAAUGGACAAACGGUGUUUUAUGACUCUAACUACAACCAUCUGCCUCUUCUCAAAUUUCACUAAUGUCACAAUCUCAACUUUUUGCCUGAAGCUUCAAUUUCUUUACUGUCUUUAGUAUGGUACUGAAAGGCUGAAAGAUGCUUACUAAAUGACUAUUCUUGUUUGUGGAUUGUAAUCGUGUGCCUACAGCUCUUCCGUGAACUUUGGAGUUGGGAAAUCAUUUGUAGAUUAUGAUUGAGCUUUUAGUUCACGUUACCAUUUCCUUUA